AUGAAGACUCUCAUUGUGCUGGCCCUGUUGAUAGCUGCCGCGUCGGCACUGCCUCAAUUUGGCUUCGGUGGCCCUGGAUUCGGUGGCCCUGGCUUCGGCCCUGGUUUCGGUGGUGGUUACGGACGUCCAGGUUUCGGCGGCCCUGGAUUCGGUGGUGGUUACGGACGCCCCGGCUUCGGUGGCGGAUUCGGCGGCCCUGGAUUCGGUGGCCCUGGAUUUGGCGGCGGUGGUUAUUACCCAGGUGGCGGAUUCGGCGUUGCAUUUAUCGAUCCGAGCAACAUGAGAAUCCUGUUUGUGCUUGUCCUAUUGAUCGCUGCCGUCGCCGCAGUGCCUCAGUUCGGUUUCGGAGGUGGCUUCGGACGACGAUUCCGUGGUGGCGGAUUUCGCAAAGGUGGCGGCGGGGGUGGUCGCGGUGGCUCUUCCUCUGCUGCAGCCGCGUCCAGUGCAGCGGCCGCCGGCAAUGGAGCUGCCUCAGCUUCGGCCUCCGCGUCUGCUUCUGCUUCAGGUGGAGGUCGCUUCCGUGGCUGA